UUUGAGAAUAACCCUUAACCUUUUAAACGGCGCCGAGCACCAGGGAUGAUGAGAUAUAUAAAACUAACGAUUUUUUUUUAAAGAUAUAGAGUAAGUUUUUAAAUAAGAUAUAAUAAUCAAUAGGACAAUUUUUAAAUAUACAUUUUUAUUGUUUUAAAAAAAACUAAUAUUGGCAGAUGCGCAUUGCCGGUAUAAGAGGCCGUGGGGGAUUUGGCGGUAGUGAGAGUUUGGAGAAGAGGCAGACGGAAGAGGUGCUAUUGUGUUAGUGGUUUUAAAGACUUAAUGUCAAGGAAAAAGCUAGGUUUUGAGGCAGACAGAAUGCAAUUAUCAGCCAUUAUGACACCUAAGCCACAAGGUAGUCAGAAAUUGCCUGGAAGCAAACCUUCAAGUACUCAACAAAAUGCGUCUUUUUCUCAGGUCAAAAUGGGAAAGAAGCAAAAUGGAAAAAGCAAAAGGACAGAGGAAGAGAAUGAGCCUGAGGAAUUUGUUGUAGAAAAGGUCAUUGAUCGACGGGUUGUAAAUGGCAAGGUUCAGUACUACCUGAAGUGGAAGGGCUUUGGAGAUACUGACAACACAUGGGAGCCAGAGGAAAACUUGGACUGCCCAGAAUUAAUUGAAGGUUUCCUUGCAAAUCAAAAGGCUACUGUUGAGAAAACCGUUGAAAAAACAGAUUCCAACAAGAGGAAGUCGGAAAGUGAAUCGGAAGAAAGCAAAGCCAAGAAGAAAAAAGAAACUCCUGACAAGCCACGAGGUUUUGCUCGGAGUCUUGAACCAGAGAGAAUUAUCGGUGCCACAGACAGUAGUGGGGAGCUAAUGUUCCUAAUGAAAUGGAAAGAGUCGGAUGAAGCAGACCUAGUGCCUGCAAAAGAAGCGAAUGUGAAGUGUCCUCAGGUUGUUAUUGCAUUCUAUGAAGAGCGACUUACCUGGCAUUCGUGCCCAGAAGAUGAACAGCAGUGAUACUUUUGCAGAAGAACAUGACAAGGUUAUAUCAUGCAAGGCAGCUUUGAACUUGUAGUUACGUAGCAUGUGGGUUUUUUUUUUUUUUAAUUAAAGCUCUGUUAACCAGUAGACACUUAGGGGGAAAAAUAGGGGAGGGGGGGGGGGGCUUUAUGAUUACCAGUGGGUGGCUAUAAAUGAAGCCCACAUUAGUAUUUGGGGGGGGGGGGGACCUGGGUAAGUUUUUUUUUUUUUGUAAAAUAAAAGAAACGAUUGGUCUAUCUGGAGUAUACAUUUCUUCUUUUGUUGCACAAAACUGAAGUCUGUAAGGAAUGGAUUUUUACUUCCCUGUUAGGUUUUCUUUUCUGUUUGUGCGGUAUGAACAGUUGAUGCUGUGUAUUUUUCACUUUUGUAAAUAUGUUUGAACUGUUCAAUAAAGUUUAUAUGCUUUUAA